AUGUGGGGUCGAAUGUGGAGCUCCGGACGUGGCUCCGGUAGCAAAUCCGGCGAUGGAAGGGACCCGGAGCGCGAGCGGCGCGUCCGGUCGGACAUCGCGAGGAAGCGCGGCGCCCGGAAGUGGACCAACCGCGGCAUGUCGCCGCCGCCGAGCUUCCAGCGGAGCGAGACGGAAGAGUACGACCACCGCCACACAUCCUUCUCCUCCGCGAGGUCUUCGUACGCCGGGAGCUCCUCGUCCUCCGGCGCGGGCUUUCUCCCCGUGAAGAGGGAGUGGUCGAAGGACGAGGAGGAGCCGGCGCCGGCAUUCAGCAAAUGUGUGUUCAGUGGAGGAGAUGUUCCCCUCAACUACGAAGACAUUUAUGACGACUUCGUCAAUGUCAAGAUGAUGUGUCGAUUCAAUCUUUCAGAGAUGCUCAUACAGGGACUCCUCCGGACCAACCCCGUCGCCAAGACCUCAGUCGACAGCGGUCUCUCCCCCGCCGGCCUCCGCCAGGCCGCGCGCGCCGCGCUCGAGCUCCGCCGCCUUGGUGCAUGCGAGGACGACUGUUGGAUAUGGCCCUCCAUCACCCAGCGCGCCUACCAGGCCGCCGAGAUCAUCGCUGCCGCCAACAGCAUCAACCGCAGGUGCCUGUCUAUCCACAUCGUCGUGGGCUAUGAGUAUGACCCGUCGGUGUAUGCAUCUGAUAAUAUUUCGCCAGACAUCAAACCACCUCCUACUUAUGAUGGUACACCUAACGAGAGCGUGGCGGACGUAUUUGUUCGGGUAACACGGCUCAUGUCAAUACUAGAGACUCAGUACUCAGGGGAUACUGUUGUCAUCGUUUCGCCAGAUUCUGACAACUUGUCAAUUCUUCAAGCUGGGUUGAUAGGACUGGACCUGCGGAGGCAUGACAGCCUGUUCUUUCAGCUGGGUGAGGUCCGAGCCGUUGAUCCUGCCAGUAUACCUGAAUACAAGCAACCAGCCUCUAAAACUUGUAUAUUACUCAAACUCCAACAGUGUUACAAUCUAAAACAGCAAGUUCCAAAACUCUGGGAGGUCCAGAACCUUACCAAGUCAUAG